AUGGAUGAGCGGAUUAAACAAGAAAAGAAAAGCGUUACCAGUGAUAAUAAAAUGGAAAAUAAAGGAGUCGCCUUCUCUGGGGGUGAAUUAACGGAGAAAGGAAAACGGAAACGUUAUCUAACUGCGAAAUAUGACAAGAAAACCAGGAUUGUAGUGAACAAAAAGAUCCAACUGGAAAAUUUCAUAUCCCAACAACUCCGGAGUCUUUAUAAAACAGAACACGAUGAUUAUGACUGCGAUAUCGAUCUUGAGACCCUGGACGAAUUACCAAGUAUUGAAUCUAAACGGAAAUUCCUACAGAACGAACUAAAGACCUGCCCCGCCACAGAAUCUCAAGUUUUGGUGAGUUUAUCCAAAGGCGGUGUUUUGUACCUUGUUGCCUAA